UCCGAGACCAACUUGGACCCCCUCGCAUGGGCAAUCGUUGUGCUAAUACAAAAAGAGAAAAAAAAACCCUUAUUUUUAAUACAGAAUAUGUGUCUGCAUUCUAUCUCUUCAGAAACACUCGAAAACUCAGGCGGCUUCAAUUGGUUUGCUGAUUUGCUCUUUACAUUUUUUCUGGGAAGGAUUCUACUACGAUUUUCAAGUGAUAUCACCAUGGGAAGGCUUUUUGUGAUCACGCUUGAAGGGAACUUGUAUUCCUGCAAGUACUGCAAAACCCAUUUUGCUCUGUCCGAUGAUAUUAUUUCUAAGUCUUUCCACUGCAAGUAUGGGAGUGCUUAUCUCUUCAAUAAGGUUGUAAAUGUCACUGUUGGAGACAAAGAAGACAGGGUGAUGAUGACUGGAAUUCACACAGUCGUUGACGUGUUCUGCGUGGGUUGCGGCUCACUUGUGGGAUGGAAAUAUGAAGCAGCUCGUGAAGAAAGCCAAAAAUACAAGGAAGGAAAGGUCAUUCUUGAGAGGUUUAAGGUGCUGGGUCCUGAUGGAAGCGAAUAUAUUCCAGAAUCCUUUAUGGCUGGACCUGGAAGUGAUAGUGAUGAUGUUUGAUUAAUUUCUCAAAAUUUUCAGUAACCAUUCGACUCUAUUUUCGAACUGUACAUCCUUAACCUUCCUUUCGUAUAUCUCCCUUUAAGUUUUUAUUCAGUACAGAUGAGUUCACACACGGUAGUUUCGAAAUUUAGCUCAACUUUUUGGUCUGAAUUUAUAGGCAGAACGGAUUAUUAGCAUGUUUUACUUUUUGCGCAAUAAAGUGGUAACUUUGUCGUGCA